UGUACGAUCUCAACCCCACGUCCCCACUCCAUCUCUUGCUUCCUUUAAUGUCGGCUCUCUCCUUUUCCUCUUUCCACGUCCACCGGCCGAGUUCUCCUCUCUUCCCUCCAUCGCUCCUUCUUUGCUUCAACAUUUCCUAAGCCGAGCGUGCAGGCGCAUUUUAUGUUCUCCUUCUAUAGUUGUUCAAGAAAGAGUUCCAUUCAGGAUCGAAAGAAAGCCGCCAUCCCGUUGUCGAUCUGUUAAAAUCCGUUUUCUCUCGUUUCCUCUGCGUUCGGCAGCUCGGGCUUGCUCUUAUGAUGGGGGACCAUCUUGCUUUGCUGGUGGACCGCCUGCUCACGGAAGCGACAUUAGCAGCCGCAAUAGAAAGCAGGAGAAUGUCUGAAUCAGGUCACAAUACGUUAGUACCAAAUGCUUCUGGGAGUGAAUUAACUCAGAAGAGGAUCGCUGUGAAUGGCCCUAACGGUGGAAAAUUAGUUGAGUGUAGGAUCUGUCAGGAUGAAGAUGAGGAUUGUAAUUUGGAGGCUCCCUGUUCAUGUCGUGGCAGCUUGAAGUUUGCCCAUCGAAAAUGCAUCCAACAAUGGUGUAAUGAGAAGGGUGACACAACUUGUGAGAUAUGCCGCCAGCAAUUCAAGCCAGGUUAUACCGCUCCUUCUCAAUUGUUUCACUAUGGGGGUGUUCCUAUGAAUUUCAGGGGAAGUUGGGGGGUGUCCCGAAGGGAAGUUCAUGAUUCACAAAUCAUAACUAUUGUUCCAUCAGACCGUAGCUUCAUGAACUCAGAUUAUGAUUACUAUGCAUCUACCAGUGCAAGAAGCUCAAUGUAUUGCCGUUCCGUGGCCAUAAUAUUCAUGGCUGUCCUGGUUCUUCUUCACACACUGCCCAUCUUUUUAAAUUUGUCUGAGGAUGAUGAGCAGAAUUCGUUAACACUAUUUGGGAUGCUAGCUUUGGGGAUUGCUGGAAUAAUUCUGCCAGUUAUCAUAGUGAUCAGGGUAGUAAUUGCUUUUCAAUGCCGUCAGCAUUAUCAGAGAGCUCACGGUAUAACCGUUGCAGGGGAGCAAAUAGUUUCUUAAGAACAGAGAUAAUCUAAGCCAAGCAGUACGCUGUUGAAGAUUACAUUACAUCUGGAGUUAUAGUAUUUAUCUCACUAACCUU